CUGCAUACUGAGAAUCUUCUCUCCCAUUCACUGUAACUCACGCACUCUCUCUCUCUCUCUCUCUCUCUCUUGCUGACAACAUGGCUACUGACAUAGUCCUGCUCGCUGCUGUUUCCCUGCUCUCUGCCUGCCAGCAAGCGUAUUUUGCCAACCUGGUAGGAAAAUCGAGAAGAAAACACAAGGUGAUCCCUCCCGCUGUCACUGGACCUCCAGAGUUCGAGCGAACCUUCCGAGCACAACAGAACUGUAUUGAAUUCUAUGCAAUGUUCUUGGUUGAUCUUUGGGCUGCAGGCUACUUCUUUAAUCAAGAGCUAGCAUCGCUAUUCGGAUUGCUUUACAUUUAUGGGCGUCACCUGUACUUUGAGGGAUAUGUGCAGUCUUCUAAGGGCAGGAUGAAGGGAUUUGCUGUGAGCAAGAUGGCACUGAUUCUGCUACUGCUCCUAUCUGUGACUGGAGUCACCAACAGCCUCUUAGACAAAUACCUGCACAUAAAUCUUCUCAGUAGCAUAAGCCACAGAGUACUGGGAUAAGGAAGCAGGAAACUUUUUAUGAACAUAUAUAUUUUCUUCAUUUUUUUUCACUUUGUACUAAUUUGUGGCAAAUCUGAUAAUGGUUUUAGUGAUAAAUAAUAAGGGUUAAUACCAAUGAAAGAAGGGGAGAAAGGAUCAUGGAAACAUUACAUUGGAGUGACAGAGACAAGAUGUGUAAAAUGAUGUUUGGGGCCAAGUGCUCUCCACACAGAUGAGUGACUCAUUUCGAAUUUGAUAAGAAAAAGGUCUGGACCAACCAUCUGCGAACUUGCCUGUUGUCCGUGUGUUCCAGCUCCUAAUCGGAACAUGAAUUAUUCAUCUGUUGAACGUGCAUGAUAGUUACUAAGUCUCUUGUGACAUUUUAUUCUACCUCAUGGACAGAUGAUUAUGCUCUGCUGAUGCUUGCAUUGCCUUUUAAAGUCUUUAUUCACAAGUCUUAUUGUGGUUAAAUUGGAAACUGACCCAGCCCACAUUUAUCCAGUGGAUCCAUGACCAGGACAAAUGUAUUUGGUUCUUUGAAUGUUAAUUUAAGAAAUGAAUCUUCAUAAAGAUGAUGCUGUGACCAGGGCCGGUUCCGGAGCUUCUUGCGCCCCGGGUGGCAUUAGGGGGCGUGGCUUCAUACAGGGGGCGUGGUCAGUUACGCCCCCCUGUACUGUAGUAGGAUGUGCGGUGC